AUGAACUCAAUAACAGCUGAUAUUAGUGAAGGUCCAGCUAUUGGUAAGAAAGUCAAUACUAUCUUGGAACCUCAACAAUUUCAGCGAUAUCUUCAAAAUUUUGUUCUGGUUUGGCUUGAUCCUAGUCUCGAUGAAUCAAGUGAUGAUUUUAAAAAUUCAAUACAAUACCUACGGAAUAUCACAAAAUUUAUUGCAAUUUUUACAGAUGUUGAACGAUGUGUUGAUUACAUCAGUGACAUCACAGAUGAGCACGUCUUCAUGAUUGUAGCUGACUCACUUGGAAGGCAUUUAAUAUCGGAUAUCGAAAUUCACACUUGGCUACAAUUAGAUUCCAUUUAUGCUCUGGAUAAUAAGCCAUCAACUCAGGAACAGGGGACUCAAACAACAUCAAAGUUCAAAGGUGUAUACACGCAAAUUGAAUCAGUUGGUGAAGCAUUACAAUUUGACGUUGGGCAGUGCGAUCGAGCUAUGACUCCGAUGAGUUUUAGUGGUAUCGAUCCAUUAUUUAUGUAUACACAGUUGUUAAAAGAAGCACUUUUGCAAAUCGAAGACGAUGAUACAAAAUCAAUUAAAGAACUUGUUGACUACUGUCGUGUCCAGGAUGAUAUUCCUGCAGGUCAUAUAGAUAAGGUUGAACGUGAAUAUCGUAGCCACACACCAAUUUGGUGGUAUACUACACCAUACUUUAUAUAUUCCAUGCUCAACCGCGGGCUUCGACUGAUGGAUGUCGACAUUAUACUUAAAAUGGGCUUUUUCAUUCGACAUCUACACAAAGAUAUCGAAACUUUACACCGCCAACAACAAUCCGCUGAAACACUCGAAGAAUCCUUUCAAGUUUACCGUGGACAAGGUUUAUCGUUAGAGAAUUUCAAAAAAAUGCAAAACACUACAGGUGGACUAAUGUCAUUCAACAGCUUUCUUUCUACAAGUCGGGAUCAUAAAAUCGCCUUUAUGUUUGCACAAUCAGCAGCAAUGAACAACGAUCUACAAUCAGUUGGCAUAAUCUUUGCUAUGACCAUUCAACCCUCACAUUCCAUGACAUCAUCUGUUCCAUUCGUCGACGUGAGAACGACCGGCUAUUUCGAAGAAGGAGAAGAAGAAAUUCUUUUUUCAACACAUAGUAUAUUUCGCAUCAAUCAAAUUCAGCAUAUUCAUGACGAUCAUACUGAUCGACUAUGGCAAGCUAAUCUCACUCUCGUGGGUGAUCAUGAUAAUAAUAUGAAAACGUUAACAACCUAUUUAAGUCAAAACCUUACAAAAGAAAAAGGUUGGUCUCGACUUGGUGACAUUCUUAUUCACGUUGGGGAAUAUUCAAAAGCCGAACAUCUCUAUCAUAUCCUUCUUCACAAAGCACUGUCAAACACAGAAACUAAGCAUUACAAUGAUCAACUUGCAAAAGUGUACCAAAACCUAGGAGAGUACACUAAAGCACUGUCCUAUUACAAAGACGAUCUAGAGAAAAGCCUAACAAUUCUCCCUCCUAACCAUCCUCAAUUGGCUACAACCUACCACAACAUUGGUUUGGUAUAUUUAAAAUUAGGCGACCACUCCAAGGCACUUUCAUCGCACGAACGAUCACUUGAAAUCAGAAAAAUAGCUUUACUUCCGAAUCAUCCCGAUCUGGCUACUUCGUACAACAAUAUUGGCGAAGUGUACAGAAACAUGAGCCAAUACUCAAAAGCGCUUUCUGCGUAUGAACAAUCACUUGACAUAAUGAAAACAGUUCUCCCUCCGAAUCAUCCUGACUUAAGUACUGCUUACAACAAUAUCGGUGCUGUCUAUGCAAGUAUGGGUGACUACGCAAACGCACUUUCAUCCUAUAUACAAUCACUUGAAAUCACGAAAAUAUCUCUCCCUCCGAAUCAUCCAGACUUGGGCACGUCUUACAACAACAUCGCCGGAGUAUAUGUCUAUAUGGGCGAAUACUCAAACGCCCUUUCACCGUACAAACGAUCACUGGAAAUCUGGCACAAAGUUCUGCCUCCUAAUCAUCCAUCGUUGGCCACUGCAUACAACAACAUCGGUGAAAUGUAUAGACAUAUGAGCGAGUACUCGCAAGCACUUUCAUCGUAUACAAGAGCACUUGAAAUCAUGAAAGUAGCUCUCCCUCUAAAUCAUCCUUCCUUCGCUGUUUCAUACAACAAUAUCAGUUUGGUGUAUCAUAGUAUGGGCAAGUACUCGGAAGCACUUUCAUCAUACAAAAGAUCACUUGAAAUCAUGAAAAUAUUUCUCCCUUCUGAUCAUCCCUCGUUCGCUACUUCCUAUAGCAAUAUUGGCGCAGUGUAUAUGAAUAUGGGUGAGUACUCGCAAGCAGUUUCAUCGUACGCACGAUCACUUGAAAUUAUGAGAACGGCACUCUCUCCUAAUCAUCCCUCAUUGGCUACUGCAUACAACAACAUCGGUGAGCUGUUUAGAAAUAUGGGCGAGUAUUCAAAGGCACUUACAUCACAUGAACAAUCACUUGAAAUCAGGAAAAUAGCUCUUCCUCCAAAUCAUCCCUCGUUGGCAACUUCCUACAACAAUAUUGGCAUGGUGUAUGUAAAUAUCGGCGAGUACUCGAGAGCACUUUUAUCAUACGAGCACUCACUUGAAAUUAUGAGAAUAGUUCUCUCUCCAAAUCAUCCAUCACUCGCUACUGUAUACAACAACAUCGGUGAGGUGUAUCGAAACAUGAACGAAUACUCGAAAGCAUUGUCAUCAUACGAAAGGUCACUUGAAAUCAUGAAAAAAACUCUCCCACUCAAUCAUCUGGAAUUUUGUAGUACCUAUGAGAACAUCGGUGCAGUAUAUGUGAAUAUGGGCGAGUACUCGAAAGCACUUUCGUCCUACAAACAAUCACUUGAAAUCAUGAGUAUAACUCUCCCAUCUGAUCAUCCAGCCUUGGCCAUUGCACACAACAACAUUGGUUUGGUGCAUAGGAACAUGGGCGAGUACUCGGAAGCACUUUCAUCAUACGAAAGAUCACUUGAAAUCAUGAAAAUAGCUUUCUCUCCUACUCAUCCCUCGUUGGCUACUUCGUACAAUAACAUCGGUGAGUUGUAUAGGAAUAUGGGCGAUUACUCGAAUGCACUUUCAUCGCACAAACGAUCACUUGAAAUCAAGAAAGUAGUUUUAUCUCCAAAUGAUCCCUCAUUAGCAAGCUCAUAUAAUAAAAUCGGUGUGGUAUGUGAUAGCAUGGGCGCGUACUCGGAAGCACUUACAGCAUACGAACAUUCACUGGAAAUCAUGAAAAUAGCUCUGCCUCCAAAUCAUCCGGAUUUUGGUACUGCCUACGAUAACAUCGGCUCAGUGUACAUGAAUAUAGACGAGUACACGAAAGCACUUUCAUCAUACGAAAGAUCACUUGAAAUCAUGAAAAUAGAUCUUGGACCGAAUCAUCCUGACUUAGCCACUACACACAACAAUAUUGGUGUGGCGUAUGAUAGCAUGGGCGAGUACUCAAAGGCAAUUUCAUCAUACGAAAGAUCACUUGAAAUCAUGAAAAUAGCUCUCCCAUCUCAUCAUCCUGACUUGGUCACUGCCUACGAUAAUAUCGGUGUAUUGUAUGACAAGAUGGGCAAGUACUCCGAAGCGCUUAUAGCAUACGAAUGUUCGCUUGAAAUCAUGAAAAUAGCUUUGCCUCCAGCGCAUCCGCAGUUCGCUGUUAUGGAGAAAAGGAUUGAAAUUGUGAAAAAGAAAAUAUAA